ACAGCUGGUUUCCUCUCGAAAACAAGGAGACGACACCGAGAGCUUAAGAAUUUUGCGGCGAGAACAUUUGACAGAAGCAGUCAGUAAUGUUGAAGCUGGUUUGUCCUCUGCUUCUCCUUUGUGUACUGCCAGCUGCGGUUCCCCUCUUCUGUUACACCUGUGUGUUCCCGGCCAUCUCCCCUCUGGACUGCAUCAGGUUCCCUCUGAAGUGUCCCGCGGGGCAGCUCUGUCUGUCCAGCAGAGCAGUGGGCGAGAACGGACACCUCCGUGUGGUGUUGUAUGAGAAGAGCUGCGUCCGUCCCUCACUCUGCGGCGUCACAGGUCAGAAAUACACCAUGGGACUCAACUUCACCUUCACCAAUGAAUGCUGCAGCACACACCUGUGCAACGGAGCCGCAACUCCUGUGACGCACAACUGGACCGGCCCACUACUCACAAUACUUCUGUCAUACUCAGUCUGGUGAAUGGGAAAAGAAACAUAUGAAGGCAAUGUGAAAGAACCAGUUUGACACAUAUGAGGUGAAGUGGAGACUUGUCUUACCUCUGAUAGACUGACACUGCACUCAGAUUCAUUCUGUGCACUAAUCUGUGCUAAACUAAGUUCUGUUGCAUGAAUAUGGAAAAAUAAUAUGUUCUUCUCAUUAUUUCUAACAACAUUUAAAAGACAUGUCUACCUGGUUGUUUUGGGAGGGACGACAGUAAACUGUGAUGAAAUAAACUUCUUGUGUCAA